AAUUCAUAUCUAAGCGCCUUGACAAAAGUGUCUUCCCAGGGUCUUUGCUAAAUUAGGUGCCACGCUGCAAGCAUUCAUUUAUUCGUUCUGUUGGGCGGCAGUUGGCUUUGGAUUUCACUCAGACUCUGUUGGUUUGCUCGUAUUCUCCCUUUUUCAUUUUUCCCGUUUCCUUUUUAGACAUUCAUUAUCUAGAGUUCAGCUUCAUUCUACCUGACAAUACUGUAUAAUUCUAUAAGGACUGGCUCCUUUCUACCACUCUCUCUACCUGGACACAGUCUCAUCGCACUUGGCGUUUACUUGCUCAUUCGCGCAAUACAGCUUCUCAAUAAUUAAAAUCCCCCAUUGGAUGCCUUGCAAGUGGCUUCUACAACUCAGCUAUCGCGCCCUACGAGACAAAUGGCAAAACUAUUAGCUGAACUGGCACCUCCAUUCCCGCCAAGCUUCAUGGCAUCGAGGCGAUAUCGAUGGGCAGCAGGACUCACUUUUGCCUUCUUCGUCUUCUUCGUCCUCUCAAAUAACGCGUUUCUAUCCCAGAAGCCAUUGAAAUUCCAUGGCUCAAUCGAGGUCGACUGGUCGCGCUUCGCUUACACGCAAUAUGUCACCAAUAGCGAUUAUCUCUGUAACUCAGUCAUGUUCUUCGAAUCGUUGGAUCGCCUUUCUAGUCGUGCCGACCGCGUGAUGAUGUAUCCUUCUCACAUGUUCGAGGCAAAUAACGGUAGUUCUGUGGAUACCCAAUUGCUCAUAAAAGCUCGCGAUGAAUAUCGAGUCAAGCUCGUUCCCAUUACAGUUCAGCACAAGGACAAUAAAGAUGAUACCUGGGCCGAUUCUUACACGAAGCUCCUCGCUUUUAAUCAGACUCAAUACAGUCGCGUGCUUUCUAUCGAUUCUGAUUCCACGCUCUUACAAGACAUGGAUGAACUAUUUCUUUCGCCCCCAGCACCAGUAGCCAUGCCAAGAGCCUACUGGCUGUUCCCUGAGAAGGAGAUCCUCUCAUCUCAGGUGAUACUUAUCCAACCUUCUGAAAAAGAAUUUGCUCGCAUUAUGGCCAAGGUGGAUUCUGCCUCUGAGAACGACUUCGAUAUGGAGAUUGUGAACUACCUGUAUCGCGAGAGUGCCCUUGUCCUCCCGCAUCGUCCCUAUGAUCUGUUAACGGGUGAGUUCCGUGCAGACAAUCACAAGAGGUAUCUCGGCUCUGAUACUGAGCCUUGGGAUCCCGCCACUGUCUAUAACGAAGCCAAACUCGUCCAUUUUUCUGAUUGGCCGCUUCCUAAGCCAUGGAUACAAACGGAUGAGGAGCUUCGCCUCCAGUCGCAGCCCAACUGCACGACUUUGUCAGAUGGCGCUGAGGACUGCGCAGCAAGGAUAAUAUGGAACUCUUUCUAUACAGAUUUCAAACGGAAGCGGAAGGAAAUUUGCGGGCUGAGCGAGGUGAUAUUGCCCAAGGAAGAGUACGAGGAAUGAUCUCGCUCUUCUUGCAAAUGCAGGCUAUUCAGUAUUAGAGCAAUGAUUUAUGGGACCAAGAAUGGAUAUUAAACAAAGGAGUACAUAUUGAUUACUAUUCAGGACUGGCUUGAAGUGAUUAUUACCAGGCUCGUUAAGGGAAAGCGGAGAUAUAAAUGUGAUGAGAUACCUGUUUUAUUCUAGGCCGGCAAGAGAUGACUUAGUAUGAGUAUGAUGUUGAGGCCGAGGCAAGGCACAUACGAUACCUUGAUAUACAAUAUCAUCUCAUCUGAAUAAGUAGUAAUUGGCUUCCUUUAAUUAAUUGACCACAUGAUUACUAUCCUUCUACACACU